CCUAAAGGCCCAAGGUCCCAAGGCCCAAGCUCAAACGCCCAGACCCAGAGUCCCAGACUCCGGGCCCAGAGGCCUAGUGACGCAGUCUAACCAGACCCCAGAGACACUCCGCAAUAAAAACCACUACCCAGUCCCCAAUACCCAACAGCGAGAGAGAGUCAGAAAAGAGGCCGCAGGUGCACCGGUGGGCAAUUGGACACCCCAAUCCUAA